GAGUACUAUAAUCUGUCUAUAGCACUAGUGUUUGCUGUCAGAUUAGCACAAGGACUUUCCCUUUCUAAAUGGCAAGUGAAAGUGUUGUGGAGACCACUGGCAGGUCCAGGACUCGGAGUGGAGUCAUCUACUCGCCAGGCCGUACGCGACAGAGAAUCAGCCAGGGCAGCAGUGGCUACGGAUCCAGCUCUUCCUCCAAGAACACUUCUCUCAACACCAGCUAUGAGGACCAGCAAAACGUGAAGAACACAAGCUCGUCCUACGAGGCCAGUUUUACACAGAGUUCUUCUCAAGGAGGAGUUGUAAUACUAGGAGAUGUCACGGCUCGCAGUGGUUCUAACCGGAGCACCAGGAGUGGUGGUUCGGGAUCCAGGAAGAGUGCCGGUUUGAGUCUUCAGGGUGGGAGGGCGGCAUCCAAGGAGAGUGUGUCUGUUGUCAAAACGUCCACAACAGUCAUCACCACUUCUACUAUGACCUCCGAGUCUCAGAACUGGCAAUCAUCUGCAGUUGCUGGGAGCUCUGGAAUUGUCAACGGAUUUUCUAGCAGUAGCAGUGCAAUAGAAAGCUCUGCCAGCCAGGCCGCUGUCGGUGGUACUCUAACCAGCGCCGCACUAUCCACGAGGAGCGGAAGUGGUCGCAGUAGCGGUAGCAACCGAAGUGGUAGAAGUAGUGCACUGUUGGUGGGUGGCACAGUUUCCUCUGCUCUCACAAGUGGCACUUCUACCCAGUCCGUGGUUACACAGUCUGAGAGUUCGACAAGGGAAGGCUCCGCGUCUUUUACGCAAGGUUCUGGUAGCCGAAGUUCCGCCGCUUCUUCAAUCCGUGGAUCUAGCGGCCGGAGAAGCGCCAUCCAGACCAGUAGCCACGGGUCAUCCGCAUCUGAGAGAGCUGUUGUAAAAGGUGUUACUUCCGAAACAGCCCUUACCCAAUCAGCAACCACCUUGUCUAGCGGCGGUUUGAUACAAGGAGGAAGCGGACGGAGUGCGGGAUUGCUCGUGGUCGGUAGCUCCGGUUCUCGGUCUUCUCAGAAACGCGGCUCUUCUCGCGGUUCCUCCUCGUCCAGGCAGCUCGCGUCCACGGAAAGCGUCGUCACUCAAACAUCGACAUCCUCACAGCACGGCAACACCAGCAGUCUUGGACUGACAGGUGGCAUCUUGGCGUCAACGCCCAAGAAGGCUGCGGCUCCCUCGAGUUUCGUUACCAAGGAAACCACGGUAACCACGGCAACUGUCAGCAAGGUGGAAGGUGGCCACACUUCUGUUGAACAGAGCCGAUCACGAGAAGACUACCAGGACACAGGAUACACCUAUUCUGAGAGUGGGAGCUACCGUUUCCCCAUCUACAUCCUUCGGAAGGUGCGCUCAGUGCUGGGGUGGCUGGAGAAACAGGAAGUGGAGGAGGUACAGGACCUGGACACAAUAAAGGAGGCUUAUGACACUCCUAAGAUGAUGAGAAGAGGACUUAGGAGCAGCUCCAAGUCCAAGUUUGAUGACUCCAUCAUUGAGGACAGUUUUGCGGGGGAUUCCUACAGCUACUCAGAAAGCAAGACUAAAGAGUCUCGCAGUACCAACAGGGCCAGGAGGAGACACAGCGGCAAGGACGUCACGGCUGGGUCCAUCUACGGCACUACGGACAGGUCCAUGGCUUCUGAGAAGACUCUAUCCAAACUGUAUGGGCUUGAUGAAGAUGAGGAAGGUUCAUCUGAGUCCGAGUCUGUUACCCAGGACAGGCUGUCCUACGAGUCAGACGGGGAGUAUGGUGACUACUCAGACUCAGCCUACAGUUAUAGUGAGACAGCUGGGGGUGGACUCACCAUAUGGCAGAUGAUAACAAUGCCAUUCAUUGGCCUGUUCUGGUGGCUAUGGUGGCUGGUGGGAACACCUGUGUACUGGUUUGUCACCACUGUCAUGAUGCUGGAUGCCUGGAUACUCUCCAGAGUAACCAUCCUGAAGAACACCAUAAUGAACAGGAAGGGGGCAGUGUUUGCUGGUGCAGGAGCUUUCCCUCUUAGGCUCCUGUUACUGCCACUGUUACUGCUGCUGCUACUGCUGGGUCUGUACUACCUGUGGCCCCUGAGUUUCCUGACAGGAGUAGUGAGUUCUGUAGCCUCUACCCCCGGAGCCCUGCUGGCCUGGCUACCAUGGUCCUCCUCUACAGGAGCUGGGGCACCAGUACGUGGGCUGCACAUGACUAUGCAUGAAAAGGUGCUGAAUGACUUCAGGGCAGAACAGAUCCGCUCAGAGAUGAGAACAGAGAUCCAGAGGCUGAGUGCAACUGUUGCUGACGUGGUGAAGAAAUGGGAACAGUCAUCCCAGGUCCCAGAGCCAGCAGUGGGCACUCAACAAAGUGCGUCAGAAGCAGCGCUGGCCGGAGGGAUGAGUAAAGACGAGAUAAUCGCUCUCAUCACCGCCAUCGUGAAGGAAAACAUGGAGGGUCUCCGUAAGGACGUGUCCGUCCAGGACCAGGCCAUCCUGGCCGACCUGGACAAGAUACGCACAGAGCGUGAGAACCAGCUGGCCAUGCUGGAGAUCAAGAUGCAGACAAUCAACACCCACUCACAGGACCUGACCAAGCAACUUGUGGAGGCCAAGCAGAAAAUCAAUGUUGAGAGCAGUGGUGGAGUGGGCACAUCUUCAGACAUGUUAGACCACAUCCAUCGGUUGGAGAGCGAGCUGGCCUCCCUUAAGAUGGAGCUGGGUCGUGUACAACAGCAGUCUGAUAUGUACCAUCAGGAGCUCAAGAAAUACAGCAUGAACAUCUCACUGAUUGAGCAGCAGCUGUCCAUCACUGUCCAACAGGCUCUCCAGGAGGACUCGUCUGCGCUGGUCAGCUGGCUCAAAUCUCGCUUUGUGGGUCAGUCUGACUUUGACAGCAAGGUGAGCGACAUCGUCUCCAGGGUGACGGAGAACGUCUCCCAGAAACUGAAGGUGGAGACCAGCGUGAGCCGGACCAGUUCAGGGGAGGUGGCAGUGGAUGAAGAGAGGAUCAGAGCCAUUGUUAACAAACACAUUGGUAUCUAUGAUGCUGACAAAACUGGUAUGGUGGACCAUGCUCUCGAAUCUGCAGGUGGCAGCGUCCUGUCACUGAGAUGUACUGAGACCUACGAGUCCAAGUCUGCCCAGCUCAGUAUUCUGGGAAUCCCUCUCUGGUACAAGACCAACUCCCCAAGAACUGUCAUACAGCCUGAUGUCCAUCCAGGCAACUGCUGGGCCUUCCGAGGCAGCGAGGGUUACAUGGUCAUUCAGCUGUCCGGAGUGGUCAGGCCAACAUCAUUCUCACUGGAGCACAUCCCCAAGUCACUGUCUCCCACCGGUCAAAUCGACAGUGCACCAAAGGACUUCACUGUUUAUGGGUUGGAGGACGAGUCUCAGCCUGAAGGAGACCUGCUGGGAAACUACACGUAUGAUGACAAUGCAGAUCCUCUGCAGUACUUUCCUGUUCAGGCCACUGAUGUUAAGCCAUACCCGAUUGUGGAGCUACGCAUCCUCAGUAACCAUGGCAACCCAGACUACACCUGCAUCUACAGGUUCAGAGUUCAUGGCAUCCUACAGAAGUAAGGUCAACAGAGGUCAAGUCUUGCCACAACAGAGUUAGAGAACCCAUAGUUUUUACACAACUCGACAUAGGAAAGUAGUCUCACUGAAAGAUGUCUUCAAUAGCAAAAACUCUCUCUUGCCAGAUUCUAGGUCCAUAGUCAAUAGAUGGGGAUACAAAUGUGAAGAGAUUACUUGCUUGACAUGAGAGGAUGACAAAGUCUUUUGUCAACUCUGUUUAUGUAACUGUAAGUGCUAUUUGAUAUGUACAAUGGCAUCGAGAAGCUGUGAAAAUUACUUCUGGUACUGGUAUGUUUGAACAAAGAAGGUUUAUAAGUAUGAAUUCGUUUUGAUUCUGGGUUCAAAUCACACAUAACAAAGUGAAAAGAUACAGUUACUAUUUUUGGAAUUCGUGAAGUGUAUUUUGGGCGUGUGAAAUAUGUUUUGUUUAUGGUGCAAUCGAAUGUAUUCUGGGAGUUAUUUAUAUUUUAUAUUUGGGGGAAAAGAUAUACCUAUGUUAUGAGAAAGUCUUUCAUUUGAUAUUUUCUAAAUGUUUGAGGAUACACUAAAUUACUCUAGUUUUAAGUAAUGGGGAAGAAAUGGUUAAAAGUACGUGUCCAUUGUUUGUAACUGUUAUAUAUUUCAGAAAGCAAAAGAUUCAAAUUUGCUUAAAGCAGAAAUACAUUAUAUCACAGCACAACAAAACUAUGAUACAUCAAGUCAAUAGUCAUUCAUUCCUAUACCAAAUCACCACAUUCUCUGUAGAUUGGAAAGAAGAAACCAAUCUGUUUUGACUCAGGUUCUUGUCCUCUAUUAUCACUUGUCCGCUUAUAGUUUUAUCUACAUGUACAAGUUUUUUAUCACCACAUUUUGUGUGGCUGGAAACUUACUAUUUAUUUGUAAGAAAGGAGCAGACAGUAUCUUCCAUCGUAAGUGCCUUUAGUCCAAAUUAUAUGUUGAACAAUGCUUUCAUAGGAAAUAAGUCAUCCUUAUAAAGAUCCAAAGAUGUGCUUUGCCCAUGCACCUUUGUGUGACUAUCAUAAAGAGGAACAGAGAGAAAGGAGAACUAAGCACUGCAGUGAAUUUUAAAACUGUGGAAAUAUGUCCUAACAUGCAGUACAAUUUUGGUAUUCAUCUCUUGGAGAUCUAAGCUGUAAAAUUAUUUGAUACAUGCAUGCAAUGUGUUGGCAAUAUCAAAAUAUGUGUACAUAAGCUAUCUGCGCUAUCUGGUUAAUUUGCUUUGCUUUUGCCCAUUGGGAUCAAAUGUUACUGAAAAGCAUUUCGUGCAUUUGGAUCAGACGUUUAGUUACCAGACCGCAAAACCUUUAGAAGCCAAUCUGACAAUGUGAGCUUGAAAACUGAGAAUUUUAAUACAUACGUGUACUAUUAUAGUAUACAGACAGUGCAGCUAGAGAUAUAUGUGUAUGACCCUGGGUGUCCUCUACAAAGAUACUGCUUGGUUCAUGGUGUUUAUAUGCAUGCAGAUUGUGGUUCAAAACCAUCCAUUUCAAGAGAAAUGCUACCUUUAUUUUUCUAUGUAUUCUAUAAGUUUGUAAAGGGUUGGUGUGCAUGUCUUAUGGGGGAAAGUAGAGGUUAUGAUUUGAGAUGUUCCUUUUAUUGUGGAAUGAAAGGACAAAUAAAAGAUAUAGUGG